AUGUUCUGCUUGCGGCUUGCAGGAAUUUUCUGGUGCACGAGUUGCGUUGGUUUCUGUAUCUGUAUGAAGACGUGCGUCCUGCCAGCCUGGAUGGGGAGGGGUCUCCGAGUCUCAAGUCCGUACGGAGCAGCUCAAGCCCGUACCGUAUGGAGUAAGCAGCUGUUUCUGUAUGCUUUCGAGAGGGCUGCCGCAACCUUGAAGAAACACUCUAUCCAGGAAGGGAGCCGAUUGGCGCUUCUGCGAGGUACCGACAAUCCAGACUGCAUCUACCGCAUCAUUAUCGUCAUGACCCACGAGCCAAGCUGGCACCCGUCAACACCAAGCCAGCCAGCCAGCCAGCAUGCAUACGGAGUAUGGAGGUCACUGGCACGAACAGCUGGCGAGUGUUACAGUGCGUCUGCGUCUGCGCCUGCGUCUACCUCUGCGUCUGUGUCCGCCUCCGCGUUUGACGACGGCAAUAUCUCCCUACUUAGAGUUCUGGCUUUGCCUAUCACCGUCGCCCGGAAGAAGGCCUACUCCCCCUUCCCGAGGAAUGCCCUUGUGCAUGUUCUGAGUGCUGCUCGCACAGUCUCGAGUCCAAGGGCAGCAGUAGCAUGGGGAUGGGGCAUCUGCUGCGCCGUGACGACUUUCGCAAACGUUGGUCUCCUUUCACUCGACGGUACUAGUACUAGCGAUCGUCGUCGGACAGACCCGCGUUACGCGACAACCGAGGCAUGCGCUGGUUUCUUUGUGGGACGGGACAAACUUUUUUUUGUCUCCGUUAAAGACUGUACUUCUCUAUUCUUCCAAGAGACUUUUGGCUCUGGCUUGGACAUGGACUCUAGCUUGGACUUUGACUUUGGAUCUGGCUUUCGGGAUCUUCUAUAUACUUUAUAUUAG